AUGUCCUUGUUUGACAAUAAGCAGUUAGAGUUUGGAUCUCAUACGCCAACCCUAACAAAGGUAAUAGAGACUCUUGGAUCCUUAGCUUUCAUCUUCAAGAACCCAAAAUUCUCAAAUUUAAUAAUCCCUUGCUUUAAUUUUGUGUGUAUGGAGCUGAUUCCAGGUCUUCCGAACGAGGUAGCUCUGGAAUGUCUUAUUCGGAUUUCGUUUGAUCAGUUUCCCAAGGCUGCAUCUGUCUGUAGAGCAUGGAACGGUGUGAUUAAGCAGCCGGAGUUCCUCCGGCGCCGGAAAGCUUCCGGUCUAACCCGACCUUUCAUUGCCAUGGCUCAGUCCAAGGAUCGUUUAUGCGGGAAUCAACCGGUUUGCCGGCUCACGCUUUUCGAGCCGGUAAAAGGGCGUUGUUACGAUGUUCCACCCAUACCGGAGAUGGUGGAAAGUAUGCCGGUUUUCUGCCGCGUCGUCGGAAUUGGGCCGGAGCUGGCGGUGAUAGGCGGGUGCGAUCGGGUGACAGGGGAGUUUCUGAAAUCAGUUUUCAUCUACAAUUUCUUAUCCGCCAGGUGGAGGCGCGGGGCCGAUAUGCCAGGCAACGAACGCCUGUUCUUCGGAUGCGCGGCGUCGGAGGAGGAGGGGAUGGUGGUGGUCGCUGGCGGACUUGACUCGGAUAACAACUCGCUAAACUCCACGUUGGCAUAUGACAUGGCGAGGGACAGGUGGAUGUCGUUGCCGGACAUGUCAUACGGGCGAGACCAGUGCACGUGUGUCUUCCACCGUGGCAAGUUCCACGCCAUCGGCAGCUACUAUGAGGUGGAGGCCAAUCAAAUCACUGAAACACUCGACCUCGUCACCCGUCAAUGGCAUCUAAGUGACAGAAUCUCAGACGUGAUGACUUUAUCCUAUCCGGCAAUCUAUCUAGAAAUUUGUGGGGUAAUAUACAUAGUGAACGAAAGCAGGGACGUGAUUGCAUUACAGGACGGCACAUGGGUGGUCAUCACGAGGGUUCCAGACGAGAUAUGCAGUGUAGCAUAUGUGACAAGGUGGCAGGGGAAGAUGAUGGUGAUGGGAAGUCGAAGAGCUUAUAUGCUGGAGGUGAAGAGUAAGAAAUGGACCAAAGUAGAAAUUCCAAGUGAGUAUUGCGGCUAUGUUCUAUCAAGUUGUUGUAUAGACCUCUAG